CCCCUGAGCACGAUGUCCGCACCUCCCGCCAGCAAUGGGGUGUUCGUGGUCAUCCCGCCCAGCAACGCCAGCGGCCUCCGCCAGCCCCCCGCCAUCCUGCCGCCCUCCAUGUGCCAGCCGCCAGGGAUCGUGCAGUUCGAGGAACCACCGCUGGGGGCGCAAGCGCCCCGGGCCGCCCAACAGCCCGACCUGCGUCCGGUGGAGACAUUUCUGACCGGAGAGCCCAAAGCUUUAGGGACCGCGCAGAUCCUCAUCGGACUGAUCCACCUGGGCUUCGGCAGCGUGCUGCUCAUGGCCCGCCGCGGCCACCUGGGGAUGCUUUUCAUCGAAAGCGGCGUCCCCUUCUGGGGAGGAGCCUGCUUCAUCAUCUCUGGGUCCCUCUCUGUGGCAGCCGAGAAGAACCACACCAGCUGUCUGGUGAGAAGCAGCCUGGGGACCAACAUUCUCAGCGCCAUGGGGGCCUUUGCUGGGACGGCCAUUCUGCUCAUGGAUUUUGGUGUCACUAACUGGGAUGUGGGCAGGGGCUAUCUGGCCGUGCUCACCAUCUUUACCAUCCUGGAAUUCUUCAUUGCAGUCAUUGCCACCCACUUUGGGUGCCAAGCCACACGUGCCCAAGCCAACACGUCUGUGAUUUUCCUGCCAAAUGCCUUCAGCACAGACUUCGACAUCCCCAGCCCAGCAGCCUCCCCGCCCCCUGCCUAUGACAAUGUGGCAUACAUGCCCAAGGAGUCCUCAGAGUAGCCGGCUGUGACUCACAGGUUGGAGUCCAGCCUUUACCCUCUCCUCUGACUCCCCACCCCACCUUGUUCACACAGGGCAGCCUUCCCCAGCUGUCCCCUUCACGCCACACAUAUCCUGGCACUGAGUGAAGCCUUCCCCAGUGUUUUCUUUCCUAAAAGAUGCCAGGCUGAUAUCCAGGGUUCAUGCCCCUCAGUCCCUGAGCCCUGCCCACCCUUCCAGGGAUGCCCCUGGUGCUGCUCUGCAUUUCUCUCUGCUCAUUAGGUAAAAUCCUGACCUUGUUGGAGACUCAGACUGAGGCCUGGCCUAGCCCACAGGUCUUCAGAAGUUCAUUAAGUUCAGAACCCAGAAUGUUCCAGAAUGGAGUGGUACACAGUGAAGGUGGCCUCCCUUCCCAGGGUGGCUAGGGACCCUUCUGUGCCUUUCUGUGCUCCUCCCUGACCCCCACUCCCUGAGGAACAAGGAUGUCCCUGAAGGUUUCCAUGGGAUCUGGAUCUCCCAGGGACAUGGAGACACUU